AUGAUAAAACACAGUGCCGUUGCAAGUUUAAUCUAUGAAAGAGCAGCAAAAGAGGUUCGAGUGGAGGGCCAACCGAGCAGGCAGCCAAGCCGGCCGAAGGGGCACAGCCACCCGGCCUGCCGCUGUAUCAGAGGGAGAGGUGGAGAGAGCCGACAGUGUAAAGCGAUGGAAGGAAUCGGAACGCUGCACAGCUUUCUACCAGAUCUUCAAAGUGCACUAUGCGAAACGUUUACGGACGCCGAAUGCAGCAUGGAGAAGACGCCGAAUCUGGCCGAAGCACCGUUCCGGUUGGCCUUCAACACCAUCGGCACCAAACUGUACCUGAUUCCAACGAACAGUACAUCUCCAAAAGACUAUCAUCUGUUAGCUUCGUUGACGGACGGAGAUGUGGUAACCGACAGCACUGCUGCAGAUACGAUUCACUUGGUACUCGAGGGAGGUGAUGACUGGCGUAGUCCAAUACAAAAAUACUUCAACAAGGCUAUAGGGACUGAAUGGUGUUUUGUCGCUAUCGAACUUCAAGAAAACACUUCAACCAUCUCGAUAUUUUCACCGCAAACCAAGGGCGUUAAAAAUUUGACAGAAAAGAGUUCCGUUUGGCUGGCUCCAAUAUCUACUGCACCGGCAUGCAUAGAUUCUCCACCGAAGCCGAAAGUCAUUAAAAAAACUACAGUGAAAAAAACUUCAGAUAAAUCUGCAGCGACAACUACAACUAAAGUCACAAAAUCGUCGUCUGGUACAAAAAUUAUCCGCAAAAAAAUCAUUCCAAAAGAUUCCCAAUCGUUGACCAAUGGUGAGGUUAAAGAGAAGCAACUGAAUGGUGUUAAAAAGAUUGGACCCGACAAAAUAACCAAAACGAAUGACGAAUCGCUCAAAAACGAUAGCACUAACGGUGAAGCUUCUGGCGCUGAUUCUGGUAUUUCAAUAGCAGAUUCUGAUAACGAAAAAUCUCAAAAGAACGAUACGGUUUCAACAACAGAAAACUUUUCAAUAGGCUCAGUAUAUAUUGAACAGCCCAACAAAUUUGGAAGUGAGAAACGAAAUUUUCAACUAAAAGUUGAAUCCAACAUUGAGAAUAACGUUAGUGCAACCAGUGAGACGAACUCCAAUGUUGCUGUUAAAGACGGCGAUUUCAGCACUACGUUUACUAUGAGGCUAAAUAAUAUUAGUGAUAAUCUAGGUAAGAAUGAAAUUAGGCCGAAAAAAAUGGAGAGGAUUCCCGAAGAAGAUGAAAAACAAAGAGCUGAAGACACGACAAAAAAGAAGGCUUUUGGUGUCAAUGGAGAUUAUGGAAUGGUUUACAGCAAAACCAUCAAAACUGGCAGCAGCAUCGACGAAGACAGGUGCAGUCGCGAGCAAAGUUCAGCCUCUUCUAGAUUAACGCCAGCUUCCGAAUCAAGCGAUCGAGAAACUCUUGUGCAAAACAAAGCUGAAAAAGAAAGACAUAGUACUCCACCAUCCAUACAUGUUCGAGAGGUUGUAUUAAGAAGCCGCUACGAAAUCCCUGUUCAAGUGCUGCAACAAGUUUUAAAGAAGUUUUCUUACAAAGAGGUAAGAAACUUGAACUCUGCAUAA